AUGGACGCCAUCAAAGGUGCCUUCGACCGAGUGGAGGAGAGCUUGAACGGCGCUUGGUUCGAGCACUUCGACGCCGGCCAGAAGGGUGUCGCUCGCGAGCUGUUCCGACUUUUCAACGGCGUCGGGCGCAAGGUCCAGAAUGUCGUUAAGAUCUCCAAGGCCGCCAUGCUGCGUGAAGAGUUUGGCGGCAACCAUGACAAGUUCGCAGCAGGCAUGAAGGCAGAGACCAAGGAGCUGAACGAGAGUGUUGCUACGCUGUUCCAGCUUAUCUGCACCUGCUGUAAAGACGGCCACAUUGACAGUGAAGAGAAGAGGAAGAUCACUGAACUUACAUCAGAUGUCAAGGACAAGCAGGCCAAACUGGCAAAAGCCUAUUCGGAGACUAUGAAGGACCAGAAGUUCGUUUCAGAUGAUCUUGCGAAUGAGAAUGCCUUCCUCUACGGAUUCUGCGCCUACGCUCGAGCUGUCACCGACUUUGCCGAAGAGCUGCCCCGCACCGCCGAAGAGAAGAGUGCCAACCAGUGCUGCGCCUUCUUGAAGUCCUUGGGAAGCACUUUCACAGACCUCUUUUCUCUGGACCUGCUCAUGGACAAGGAGCACUUGAAGUUUGCCAUUGUCAACUUCCUCCCGGUCUUCGUUACGUUCUUGAUCGCCAUGUUCGCCAAGCAAUCUGGACUCUUUGUUCCGUACUCUGCUCUGAUGCCUGGUACGCUGGCGCUCAUCAUCACCUCCACCUACGGCUCGACGUUCAAAGGAAACAUUGAGCGAUUGAUCGGAAUUGUCUUGGGCAACAUCAUUCCAGUCUUGGUGCUGGCGAUUGUUUUCUCCUUCCCGUGUGCAUCAUGGAUGAGGACGGCUACGCAGGUAGUCCUGGUGUGGCUGUACUUCUUUUUGUUCUCCUAUGUGUACUAUGCAUCCGUGACCUGGAGCUUCGUGGGCUGCGCCCUCUGCGGUUUCGGCGCAUACCCGUUGAUGCAGGCCUGCACCGGCGGGGAGUUCUCUUAUGACAUGCAUGGCCACUACCAGACCAUCGCGCAAGUCACUGUUGCUGUUCUGGUCCGCAUGCUGAUAGAGACCGUGCUGUUGGACAAAGCGCCGAGGGAUCUGGCAGUCAAGCAGCUCGAGGACCUGUUGGACACCAUCCAAAAUUCAUACAUGCUCUUCUUCGCGGGCAAGUAUGACCAGAUGUCGGAGAACCAUGCGAAGGCUCGUGACAUGCUCAACGCCGCCAGAGCUCUGCACGCGGAAAGCUCCCCAGCUCUCGAGGUUGUUCCAGGACCACGUUUGCCUUUCAAGCACACCCUCUAUGGACAAGUCCUGGACAACUUGGAUACGGGCAUCUCACAGUUGGGAGUGUUGGUCAUCACUGCCAAGGAGUGGAAGACCGAGAAGAUUGAGACGGAGAAGUCCUCGGCGCGUCAAGCGGCCGAGAGCCACCAGCAGACCCAACUCACCGAUCUCGAGGGACUUGACGUAAUGGAUCCUUCCGCUACUGGCACAGGUGGCAGGUCGGCCGUGAAGAAGAUCGUCCAUGAGACCAGCAACGCGCCCUACAUCCACCGAAUCAUGGAGAAACAGCGAAGCUUCCAGAGCCUUGAAGAUGAUAUGUUGGACACAUUCUCGAAAGUUUUCGAAGUUGUGAAGGCCAUUCUGAAGCACGACCAGGAGCAGAAGCUGGAGAGCUCCGGAGCAGACAUCGAAGGUCUCGCCAACCUUGAAGGCAUGCGCACGCUGGACGACGUCAACACGUUUUACAAAGACAUCAAUGAGUACAUGGAUGUCAUGGAGCGGGAGGGAAGCAUGGAUCGUGGUGUUGUCGAUACCGUUGUCGGAAGCCUGCAGGCCCGCCUCACCGUCCUCGUCAGCGCUUUGACCGCAGCCACUGCUGCCUUGGGCGAGGUCGGUGUCCUGUGCCUGAAAGACGCCAUUUACUGA